AUGUUGGCUGCCAGAAUUGCUCCUUGUUGGAGAUCUAUUUUACUUUGUUCCUCUAAAGUUUCAAUCCGUUCUUUUUCCACCACAAAGGAUCAGAUCCUCAUUUCUAAACAUGUCAAGGAUAUCGAUCCAGAAAUGAAUACCAUCCUCACUGCUGAACGUAACAGACAAAAGCAUUCAAUUACAUUGAUUCCAUCUGAAAAUUUUACUUCCAAAUCAGUGAUGGAUUUAUUAGGAUCCGAAAUGCAAAAUAAAUACUCCGAAGGGUACCCAGGUGAACGUUACUACGGUGGUAAUCAAUUCAUUGACCAAGCUGAAUCAUUAUGUCAGAAGCGUGCAUUGGAAGUCUAUGGAUUAGACCCGGCCAAAUGGGGAGUUAACGUCCAAGCUUUGAGUGGGGCACCUGCCAAUUUAUACACUUAUUCGGCCCUCCUGAAUGUCGGUGAUAGAUUAAUGGGGUUGGAUUUACCUCACGGGGGACACUUAUCUCACGGUUAUCAAUUGCCAUCGGGGACAAAGAUUUCUUAUGUUUCCAAAUAUUUCCAAACCAUGCCAUAUAGAGUCGAUGUGGAGACUGGAUUAAUUGAUUACAAUGAAUUGAGCUUGACAUCCAAAUUGUUUAGACCUAAGAUCAUCGUUGCUGGUACUUCUGCAUAUGCGAGAUUAUUGGAUUACAAGAAGUUUAAGGAAAUUUCCGAUUCCUGUGGGGCUUAUUUGAUGAGUGAUAUGGCUCAUAUUUCUGGGUUGGUUGCUGCUGGUGUGGUUCCAUCUCCAUUUGAAUAUUCUGAUAUUGUUACUACUACUACACAUAAAUCGUUAAGAGGACCUCGUGGUGCUAUGAUCUUUUUCAGAAAGGGUGUUAAGAAGGUUAAUAAGCAAGGGAAGGAAAUUAUGUACGAUUUGGAAAAGAAGAUUAACUUCUCAGUGUUCCCUGGCCAUCAAGGUGGUCCACAUAAUCAUACCAUUUCUGCUCUAGCUGUCGCACUAAAGCAAGCAAUGACCCCUGAAUUCAAACAAUAUCAACAAAACAUUGUCAGUAACUCUAAAGUCUUGGGAGAUGAAUUGAUCAAACGUGGAUUUAAUUUGGUCUCCGGUGGUACUGACACACAUUUAAUCUUGAUUGAUCUAUCUAGUUUGGGUAUUGAUGGUGCUCGUCUAGAAGCAAUUUUAGAAAAAAUUAAUAUUGCUGCUAACAAGAAUACCAUUCCAGGUGAUAAAUCGGCCUUGUAUCCAUCUGGUUUAAGAAUUGGUACCCCAGCUAUGACCACUAGAGGAUUUGGUCCUGCUGAGUUUACUAAAGUGGCACAAUAUAUUGAUACCGCUGUUAAACUUGCCAUCGGAUUAAAAUCACAAGAAUCUCAAGAAAAUAAAGACCACAAAUCUCAUUUGAAAAACUUCAAAGAGUUAUGUGAACAAGACGAACAAGUUCAAAAGUUGAGCGCAGAAGUCUCUGAAUGGGUUGGCCAAUUCCCAGUUCCAGGUGAAUUAUAA